AUGGACAUCGCACCCCGUCAAAUCCGACGCCCCAGACCGGCUGCUGCCCCGGCAACCACCACCACCUCCACCAGCACACCCCCAUCGCCACCCAACCCGAUGCGCAUUGCGAUCGCGCACAAGCAAACCCCCGUGGAAAAGAUCCGCAAACGCUACCCCGGCGGGUGCACGAUUGUCGAUGUGACGUCCAAGGCGGAGAUGCCGUGGCGGAAACUAUCGCCGUUCUGGCCGCAUGGGGGGUUUGAGGUGCCCACUGAGAAGGGGAGGGUGGGUGAGAGUGUUGAGGGUGUCUGGCAAGGCCUCAAAGUAUUCACCAACGAAGGCCCCGACACCUCCCGCCUCCACAUCACCGACCUCACCAACCUCAAACGCGGCCGUUCCGCACGCCGUGGAGACGUCCUCGGGCACGCUCUCACCUUCGCUCCCCCUGCCUCCGAGAGUCCACCCCUCAUGGACUACGUCACAGCGCGAAAACGUGUAUACCUCCCCCUGUACGCACAACAACUAGCGCGUGUGGAUGAGGAAGUGGAGGAGUUGAGGCGGCUGAGUAUGGAAGGGACGCUGGUGUUGUUGGAUUUCGGGACGAAUGGGACGGUGGAGGAUUUGAGCAAGCCGUUGAGUCAUGCUGCUUUGAUCAAAGCGUUCUUGGAGGAUAGGUAUCCCGCGUGCGAGUGA